AUGGCAUCCAGGCGUAUUGCAAGGACAGCGAUUAAUUGGGCUGAGCUCUACCAGAACUGUCCUAAGCAUCAGCUCGAACAAUUCCGGGACCUAAAGACUAAAACCGAUGGAUUGGUUUCGAAAAUAUCAUCGCUGCCUGAAAAACUCCCGGAAGUCAACUGGGAAUACUACCGAAAGGUAGUACCGGUUCCGGGACUUGUUGACAAGUUCAAGAAGGAAUACAUGGCACUACAAGUUGUGCCACCAACCGAUUCCAAGAAUGUUGAAAAGUCGGUUGACGAACAAGCAACCAGGAUGAGUGCUCUGGUUAAGAAACAUGUCACGGCCUGUGAGAGUAUGAAAGCGGACGCUACCAGAAUGAAGGAGGCCUUGAAGAAGUUACCUCCUUUCGAUGAGAUGAUCCCGGAAAUCAUUGUUACCUACUUCCCGGAUACCAAUAUGGAUCCUUUCUACACCGGCGAGGCCCUCAAGACGGAGACCCAUACAGUGCUUCAGAACACUGCACCCAGAGUUCACUGGGACUUCAGCUGA